AUGGCGUCCGAAACAAAGAAAAGACUGGCAUUAGCCAUUAUCGAUUUCCUCCAAACCUCCGUCUCCGAUGGCACCCUCCCAGCUGACGAGAAAGAAUCUGUUGAAGCUGCCCAGGAACUGAUCUCUGGUGCCUUUGGUGUCAGCAUGACUGACCCAGCCGCGAUGAAGGAGGCUCUUGGUGGCCAGAGCUUAUUGAAGAUAUACGAAGUUUUUGAAAAGAUGAAGGCGAAGGGUGCUGGUGCCGCUGCCGCUAGUUCGCCAGCCGGUUCUGCUUCCGGAGCUUCGCCGAAAGCUUCGAAUACCCCUAGUGCAGAGGACAAGGCGUCAGCUGAAGCUCUCAAGGGUCGUGGUAACCAGGCCAUGGCACAGAAGAAGUACCCUGAGGCUAUCGACCUCUACUCACAAGCACUCAAGCUGGUUCCGGGAAACCCAAUCUACCUAUCUAAUCGAGCUGCCGCUUACUCUGCCUCCUCGCAACAUGAAAAGGCUAGGGAUGAUGCACAGGCCGCGAUCGAGGCAGACCCUGCUUACUCAAAAGGAUGGAGUCGCUUAGGAUUGGCUAAAUUUGCACUUGGAGACGCGAAAGGUGCGAUGAUUGCUUACGAAAAGGGUAUCCAGGCCGAGGGCAAGGGCGGUAGCGAAGCUAUGCGCAAGGGUUAUGAGACCGCCAAGAGAAGAGUUGAGGAAGAUGAAAGCGCACCUGUUAGCCCACCACAAGAAGAGCCACUUAGCAGGGGAUCUGCUGGUAGCCCGUUUGGCGGCGGUGGUGGUGGUGGUAUGCCAGAUCUUUCUGCUCUUGCGGGUAUGAUGGGUGGUGGCGGCGGCGGUCCCGGCGGUCCGGGUGGAAUGGAUUUCAACAGCAUCAUGAGCAAUCCUAUGUUUUCUCAGAUGGCUCAGAGCCUCAUGUCCAACCCAUCUCUGAUGAAUAAUCUGAUGAAUAAUCCAAAGAUCAAAGAUAUGAUGAGCGGAGCAGGUGGUGGCGGUAUGCCAGACAUUGGUGCCCUGAUGUCCGAUCCCUCUAUCGCCGAAUUAGCUAAGAACUUCAUGCCUGGUGGUCCAAGUUCUAAGAAAUAA